CAGACUGUGACCCAGACGACAGUUGGCGCAACACGGUUAGCCGCUUAGCUUCGACCUGAGGUAACUAGCUUUGCUAACGCUAACAAACAAACAGCAGCUUUUCUAUAAAAACACAGCGGCCAGACUGAAACCGACCCGCAGCUCUGCGGACAGUGCUCGUCCUGCGGUAGAGGAGCCGUGGCCUGGCGGACAUAACGGCGAAUUUUCUCUCUGUUUGGGAUGAUGUUGGGGUGUAUCUGGCAGUACUUCUACUCAUCCUUCCUUCGGUUCUGGCUCAAAUGGUUUCUCAGACACAUCACAGGAAAAUGUGAACUGCAGAGGAUAUGCGCUGGAUACAAGCAAGGAGCUCUGAGGACGAGCCAGAUAGAGUACUCCCUGAAAUCAUCUAAAAACAAGGUGUUGCAAGACGCUGUAAAUGUGAAGGAGGAGGAUGUGGUGGACUGCGUGGCACAAAUCAUGAGACACAAGAAUAUCAGUGAACAGAAGGAUCCUAUGUUUAAGGUGAAUCUUCAGCAGUGCCUGUUGCAAAUAAGUGGUUAUAACACCCUGUUUGCUGCUGUUGAAGAUCUGAGAAAAGAGGUGUUUGACUCCGAAAAUGAAGACCAUGAGAAAAUGCUUCUCAAUUUGUGGGACCUGCUGAUGCCAUCAGAAAAGCUGGAAUCUCGGAUCACUAAGCAGUGGGGCAACAUUGGGUUUCAAGGGGACGACCCAAAGACUGACUUCAGGGGAAUGGGCAUGCUCGGCCUGGUAAACCUGGUGUUUUUUAGUGAGAACUACACUGACGCUGCACGACAAGUUCUGUCACACGCAAACCAUCCAAAGCUGGGGUACUCUUAUGCCAUAGUGGGCAUUAAUCUGACGGAGAUGGCCUACAGUUUACUGAGGAGCGGAGCUCUGAAGACUCAUUUCUACAACACUGUGGCUGGAAAACCUGAAAUGCAGAACUUCCACCAGCUUUACUGUUACUUGGCAUACGAGUUCAAUAAAUUCUGGGUGGACGAGGAGCCUGAGAGCAUCAUGGAGUUCAACACCUACAGAGAGAAGUUCCACGACAAGGUGAAGGUGUAUCUUCAGGAGCCGGAGGUCGCUCUUAUCUUGAAGCUGGACGCUAAAAACUGAGCAGAAUUGCCCAAAAGGAUCCCAAAAUGUUUUUGAACAGUUUUUGUUGUUUUACUUAUCCAAAAGAAGAUACCUUUUUUAAGGAAAUCUCUCUCCCAUGAUUCCUAUUUUUAAACAAAUUAACACUAAUUUUAUAAAACCACUGAGCCUCAGUGAUCAUUCCUGAACACGGUACUUUAGGGGGCAGUUUCUCAGACAGGGAUUAGUUCUAGUAUUAGACUAAGUUUUCAUUUAAGUGUAAAUUCUCCAUUGAUUUAAAUGCUGUGUAGUCAAAGACUAGGCCUAAACCUUGUCUGGAGAAAGUGCCUCUGGAAGGUAUGGAUUGUGUGGUCAGAAACAGGACCUACUCACUCCUGUUACUAAUAGAAAUAUUAAGAUGUGGAACUAAUAUGUAAAACUAGCUGUUAGCUAGACUGGAAUUCACUCCAUUCUUGAAGUUUUGGUUGCAUGUAUUUAUGAUUCCUGUUUCCGGUUUACUUUUGUGUUCUUGGAUCAUCUCAGGAAUUUGAUAUUUGUGUCCACACAGGGAGAUAAAAUUAUAUAUUUUUUUUUUCUUGAGCUAAAUUGUCUUGCACAUACAGACAAUUUGACCCUUUUGCAUGUUUUAAUGCUUUAAUUUGCGAAUUUCACCCUGACUUUAAGUACACUUAAAGGAAUGUACUUUAAAUGGCCCCAUCGCCUUGUGACAUGAAUGGUUACUGUAUGUGUAACUGUAGUUUGUGUGUUAUAUAAGCAGUGAAAUACUUUUACGGUACAAGUAUUUCUGUUAAGAAUAAACAAACAACGAAGUACAUGAAUAUACUAUUUUCCUGCAGUGUGAUUUAUGUACCAUUGUUGUCUUAUUUAUACAGUUUACAGGACCAUUUUGUAGUUCUACUUCCAUUAAUUACUUUGGUUUUGUACAGUUGGAUGCCUGGCAAAAAUUAAUAAAUUGCACCAGUGGUUUUCACAA